UGAUGAGAUGGACUCGGAUCAAAUGCACGUACCUGCCCUGGGUCGGCCUUUCGCUAUAGGAAUGCUGUAUGACGCUCGUCAAGAUCAACUCUUUACAGACUUCACCCUGUGGGACAGAGAAAAUAUUAAAAAAUUCACCAUAAGCAAGACCCAGAACAGCAGUGAUUAUGAAACUAUUGCUUCAGACACUAUUGCAGCCAAGACUUCCCUGCUAAAGGCUGAUGAAUCUCUCACAGCCAGUGUUCUGAGUGGUCUAAUUGAUGUUGGAGCAUCUGCCAACUAUCUGAAUGAUAAGAAAGAGUUCAGGAACCAGAGCAGAGUCAUCCUUCACUACAAAGCAAACCUUCCAGGGCUUCUUGGAAAAGAUGGAGAGAAAUCUGUUCCUGUUAAAAUCUGGCUGUCUCCUCUGAAGAACCUGGAUUCAUCUGCAGCUCAGCUGAAGGGAAGCAUUUCUGAUGUUGUACUCAGAAAAGCUGAAAAUGUUUGCGAAGGUAUCAGAGAAAUACAAAUGCGAUGCAAUGAAACUCUGGAAAAAGAAAUAAUGAAGACUUUUCCACAGAUUCAGAGAAAGGUAAAAUCUUUCCAGGAUCUCUGUGCAGAUUACAUGAAAACCGUCCAACAGACCAUGCAGGAGAAAAUUCCCCUUAUUCGCGGGGGUGAAGAGGAAGAAGAAGAAUCAUUAGAAAAUUUCCUAGAUGAGCAGGAAAACUCUCCCUUCAGCAAGAAAAACUUAAACAUGUGGCUUGAUAAUUUAGACAGAGAAAUCAACGUCAUUGCCUCCUGUUUAGACAUAAUGAAGGGAAUCAAGAUCAUCCCAGAGAAGUCAGACUUGGAUAGAGAAGUCUUGAAUGUAGAAGAUGCCCUCUGCUUUGUUUUUACCUCGAUUGAAAUGAGUGACACCUACAUGGACCAGAUGGCCAGUUAUGUACAAAAAACUCCAAACUUUGCUACUCCACCUGCAAAAGACCAGUGGUUCUUCUCAGAUGAGGUCAUAGAAAACAUCAAGGAGAAAGCAAACAUGAUUUCAGAAACGGCUAAAGAGCUAAAGAGCACCGGCAGAUUUCAUUUUCUUGUAGCAGCACUGCCAAAUGAGGAGUUCAGAGGAGCAACUAUCUACCAUUACAAGAAAGGCGUGUUGAAAACCAAAGACUUUGCAAAACCUGCCAUUCAUCGAGUGAAAAAUGUAACGGAUAAACAAGAUCUAAUGUGGUACUCCUGCGUUCUUACCUUGGACCCAGAAACUGUGAAUGGCGACCUCACUCUCUCUGAUGGAGGCAAGAAGGCAACAAAUGGUUCCCGGCAAAAAUAUCCCAGAACAGAGAAGAGGUUUGAUUCGUAUCCCCAGGUUCUCUGCAGGGAAGGUCUAAGAGGCUGUCAUUACUUUGAAGUAAAGUGGAGCAGUGAAAAGAAUAAAGAUCUCGGCAUAGGCCUUGCAUAUGAAAGCAAUCCAAGAAGAGGAAAUCGGCUUUCCACUGGAUUUGGGUAUAAUGAUGUUUCCUGGUACUUUGGAGUCAAUGACGAUGAGCUCCGUGCAUGGCAUGAUUUUAGUAAGAUUUGGGAAUCUAGUCUUCCUACUGGAUGCAACAAAAUUGGGGUAUAUUUGGAUUGGCCGGCAGGAACUUUGUCCUUCUACCAAGUCUCCUCUGACACCUUGACCCAUCUGUUUACCUUUGAGAACAGAUUUACUGAAGCACUUUACCCAGGUUUCUACAUCUACGACAAAUCCAACUUUGCUAUGUUUUGCCCAGUUUAAGGGGAAUUGCAUGGAUUUACAUAAAUGUGAUGUAUU